GCACGCGCAGCCGCACUCCGCGACCAGAUGGAACCCGAACCCCAGCCGCCGGUACUGGAGCUUCCCGCCGGGCGCGUGCUCAGCGCCCGGGAGCUCCUCGCUGCCCGCUCGCGGCCCCAGAAGCUGCCUCAUCGCUCGCAUGGCGCCAAGGACUUCCUCCCCGACGGCUCGGCAGCCCAGGCUGAGCGGCUGCGCCAGAGCCGCGAAGAGCUCUGGCAGCUGCUGGCUGAGGAGCGCGUGGAGCGCCUGGGCAGCUUGGUGGCGGCUGAGUGGAGGCCAGAAGAGGGUUUCGUGGAGUUGAAGUCUCCUGCGGGUAAAUUCUGGCAGACCAUGGGCUUCUCAGAGCAGGGCCGGCAGCGGCUUUACCCCGAAGAGGCCUUGUAUCUGCUGGAGUGUGGCUCUCUACAGCUCUUCUACCAAGACCUGCCACUGUCUAUCCAGGAAGCCUACCAGCUGUUGCUGACCGAGGACACAGUGACUUUCCUGCAAUAUCAGGUAUCUGCUCCCACCCACCCACCAGAAGAGGGACAUACAGAUAAAUUUGUGUGCUUCUUUACCAAAGACUCUUCCUGCCUGUGUCUAACACCAGGCGGAGGAGAUGGGUCUGUUGCUUAUCCACUGUUCUUACUCCACAGCUCUAUCCUAUCCCCUUAUGAGAGGCAGCUUAACCUGGAUGGCAGCACCCAGUGCUUGAAGGACAAGGAUGGGAAGAAGAGGAAGGCCUCCAGUUCUUGGUCCAUUAAUAAGAAGGCCAAGGCCCUGGAGAACUCCCUGCAACCCGAGAGUCUGGCAACUUCCAGCCUACCUUCACACAACCGGAACAGUCAAUGCCCAGAAGAGAAACCCCAGGAGUCAAGCCCCAGGAAGGGCCCAGUGAGCCCAUUUCAGCUUUUGGGGUCCUUGGAGCAGGGUAUGGGUAUGGGGUGCAGCUGGGAGAGCAGAAAAGUAGGUAAUGGAGUCCAGGGGGCUCGGAAGCCACGCUGGAACUUUGAGCAGAUCUCCUUCCCCAAUGUGGCUUCUGAUAGCCGCCACACCCUCCUACUUGCGCCAGCCCCAGAGUUGGUCCCAGCCAAUGUGGCUGGGAGGGAGACAGAUGCUGAACCCUGGCGCCAGAAGCUGAACCAGCGGAAGGAGAAGCUCUCCUGGCAGGAACAGGAGCAACAGGCAGAAGCCAGGUCCUUCCGAGAGGACGUAAAUGCGGACCCUGAGGUGCAGCGCUGCUCCAGCUGGAGGGAAUACAAGGAGCUGCUGCAGAGGCGAUACCUACAGAGGAGCCAGAGCCGCCCCCCACACCUGUGGGGCCAGCCUGUCACUCCUUUGCUGAACCCCAGCCAGGUGGAUUCUCCAGCCAUGGUCCUUCAGCAUAUCUCGGUGCUGCAGACAACACAUCUUGCUGAUGGGGGUGCCUGGCUGCUGGAGAAAUCUGCGGGCUUAGAAAUCAGCUUUGAUGUUUACCAGGCUGAUGUUGUGGCCACCUUCCGAAAGAAUAACCCUGGCAAACCCUAUGCGCGGAUGUGCAUUAGUGGAUUUGAUGAGCCUGUCCCAGACCUCUGCAGCCUUAAGCGGUUAUCCUACCAGAGCGGUGAUGUCCCUCUGAUCUUUGCCCUGGUGGAUCACGGUGACAUCUCCUUCUACAGCUUCAGGGACUUCACAUUGCCCAGGAAUGUGGAGCACUGACCACACAGCACUGUAGGGGCUGGAGCUUGCUCUGGGGAAUCUGGACUGUCAGUUCUUAGGGACCACCUCAGCCACCUCCUAUACCCAGACUCUGACCUGUAGCUGCAGGGGCCAGUCUGGGCCUUGGCCCUGGGUGUCUCAUACUUGCAAGAAAGUCAAACUGUGCUUCCAGCCUUCCCUAGCCACUGCAGUGCUUCCAAGCCCUGGGCCUAAGGUUGCUGCCUUGAAGUGACCCCUUUGGAACUCAGGACUAGAUAUUAGAGACCCAGGAGGUGGGGCAGAAGAGAGGACUUUGUGCCUUUAACAAGAGGGUGCCUGCUUCGUGCCAUAAAGCCAAAGCCAUUAAAAAUAGAUCUCUUUUCUGCUGUGA